AUGAAGACCGGAGUUUUUGCCAGCGUUCUGGGCAGUAUUGGUGCUGCAGCGCACGCAUUCCACGUUGAUGAUGCUUCGUGUGGCGUAACGUAUCGUGGCAUCGAGCGUGAUGGACUCCAGCACUUUUAUGGCAUUCGAUACGGGCAAGAUACCAGUGGAGAGAAUAGGUUCAAGCCGCCUCGUCUGUACGUGCCAACGCCAGGAUCAGUCGUCGAUGCCACAAAGCCUGGGAUUGCUUGUCCGCAACCGCUCGGUAACGCGUCUCCGCCUUUAAGCGAAGGCAAUGUGACAGAGGUAUCAGAGGACUGCUUGAAUCUGAACAUCAUCAGGCCAAAGCUAAAUGCAACACGUUCGCACGGAAAGCUGCCAGUCAUGGUGUGGAUCCACGGGGGUAAAGCUAAAGCACUUCUGACCAUCGGCCUUGCUGACAGAUUAACAGGAAGUUUCUGGUGGGGGUCAAACAUGGAGCCAACCUUUAAGCCUGAUGGAUUGAUUCGACAGUCGGUGGAGGGGGGCCAUCCUGUCAUACACGUCGCAAUGAACUAUCGCCUGGGGUUCUUUGGGUUUACCCAGUCAGACUCACUAAAAGAAGAAGGAAGCGAAAAUGCUGGGCUGCGAGACCAACGGCUUGCAAUUGAAUGGGUCCGCGACAACAUUGGGGUCUUUGGGGGUGAUCCGGAGAACAUCACCAUCUUUGGGCAGUCUUCUGGCGGCCUCGCAAUUGGUAUGCAUAUUCUUGCGUACGGAGGUGCCAAACCGCCGCCGUUCCAGAGAGCCAUCGCAGAGUCACAAUCUCUUGAGCCUGGUCUCACAGGCAACUUCUCGAGAGACGCCCUGUCGGCGCUUGUCGAAUUUGUUGGAUGCAACACCACCGGCCUGCAAGCCCCAAAAACGAUCUCUUGUCUGCGUGGAAUGGCGACCGAUACGUUAUUGAACGCCUCCAUCACAACGUAUGCGAACGAUAUCGGUCACAACGUCGGAGACAUCUGGCUUCCUGUCGUCGACGGUGACUUCCUGCCUGCACCGCCGAGUCAACUCAUUGACGAGGGUCGGUUCGGUAACGUGACAUUGUUAUCUGGGUGGGCGCAAGACGACCUGAAUUUUUACACCGACGUGAGCAUUGCGACAUCGGAUGAUACCUACAACUUUAUGCGUUCAUACCUUCCAGCAAUGCCCGAGGAGUCACUGGACGACCUGCUGGGUUUGUAUCCUGUGGCUGAGUUUACUCCACCAUCUGGCACAAACCUAACAGCGGAAUUUUAUCGUUCGGCAAGAAUGUUCAGGGAUAUUUUGAUGGUAUGUCCGCCACUCUAUCUCGGUGCUGCGAUGCACAAGACCUAUGGUGGACCCGUGUACCACUACGACUUCAACCAAACUAUCCUCGACCCGAUCCUGGAGCACACGAUCAACGUAUCGCAUUUGGGCGUAGUGCAUACGUCCGAGUUCGCUUACGUCUUUGGUAACGUGGAGGCGUACAACGUAUCCGGCAAUCCAAUCAACGUGACGGCCUCCGACUAUGCUCUGCAGAAAUGUGCGAGCCGGUCAUGGAGCGCCUUCGCGACUACAGGGAACCCAAUCAAGGGAGGCGAGGUGACGGUACAGGGUUGGCUGGGUGCCUACAUUGCUCCGAACCAGACGCACGUCAUGACAGUCGGUGGGCCAUGGGAGGGCUGGUGGCCGUUGAGCGGUGCAGAUUCGCCAGACGUGGUGUCGAAGCAGAAGUUGGUCGAGAGGUGCGCGUUUCUGAACAGCCCAGAUAUCAUCCGAGGCCUCCAGUAUUGA